AAGCUUAUAGGGUUCCAAAAAAGGACCGCAAAAACAUACGAAAUACGUUGUUCCAACCUGUAAACGAACAGUAUGCUUUCAGUCGCGUGUACUAGCUCUUCACCUGUCAACCGGAAGUUGAUGCUGUUGCUAUGCAACCUCUUGCUAGAUAGUUAGCAUAACAAAUUACUAGUUAGACAUUUUACGACUUCAGGUGUAUUCAUCAAUUCAAUCUGGAGAACCAGAUGGGCAUGGUUUGCACAUUUGGUGCUAUUCCAUUGGUUCUACUGUGCUCGGCAAGCUCAAUUAAGUGUAACAAAUACAGAACCCAGGUCUGAUGGCUACCUGUCUAUUGCUCCCCCACCUCCAAUAGUGUUUCUCUAAUGGAACGAUGACUGCGCUGGCGGUGAAGGUGGAGUCUGCUCCCGUUCUGAACCCCGGUCAGCUGACCCUGAGCGAUCCCGCCUGUGGUCCCACCUACAGUGACGAUCGCUUACCUACUUCCACUUCACUGUGAACUCCUGUGGCACCACCAGGAAGGUAAAAUGACUAUUACCCUGAGGUGAUGGGUACUGUGUAUUUAUGGACUGUUUGCUUCUGUAGGCCGUAAUAAGCAAUUCCCCUCUACUACAUAGUUUAUCAACAAUUCAUGCUGUAUGAGAACGAAAUCUCAUUGAAGUCUUCAGAGGAGGAAUAUCAGUUAAAGGUUUCCUGCUACUAUGUGGUCAACAUCACUCGCACAUUGGCCUUCCUGACCAGGCUGCGUGACAACGAGCCUUUUGCAGAGACUGGGACUGGUCGACUAAUGGUCAGAAUGAGACUCGCUCAGGACGCCUCGUAUAACACGUUCCACCAGGAGGAGGACUAUCCAGUGGUGAGGUACCUGAGACAGCCUCUGCACUUUGAGGUGGAGCUGACCAGGUCCUCUGACCCCAAGGUAGCGCUGGUGCUUGACCACUGCUGGGCCACCCUCAACGAGGACCGCGGCUCCCGACCCGUUGGAAUCUCAUCAUUAAUGGGUAACUUGUUGUUUUAG